AUGGAAUACUUGCAAGAAUGGGUUAAAAAACACGGCUGGGAAAGCGAAGUUGUUGUUGGUGGUGGUGACGUACCACAUAAAUUAGGCGAAUUAGUUGUGUUCUGUAUAAAACACGCACAAUUAAAAGUUUUCGACUUAGACGGUAAAGCUACAGCUUUCAUCGACUACAAAACUGGUGUACCUCCAGUAUCGAAAUACAAUGAUGCUUACGUGAAAAAAAUGUAUGGAAAUGAAUAUGAGUUUCGUCAAGCAAAUGAAAUGAAUGAGUUACGUAAUACAUUUGGAGAGAAUUUGAAUAACUGGAAGGUUGGAAAACUAAAGAUGCUUACUGUUGCAACUGAUUCCAAAGGCGUUCAUCGUCUAUAUACAACACAGCAGAUUGCAGAGAAACCAGUUAAAAACUUUUAUCCAACAAAUGUCUCACUACCAGCACCAAACCCACCGAAAGAUAACCUGCCUGCAAUUGAAGAAGUAGCUCCAGCCAAAUCACCACUACCACUAGCACCUGGUAAUGAUCACGUCGAGUUUGCUGCAAACCUUUUUGAGUGA